AUGACCCAAGACUUUGUUGAGCGAUUCAAGUUAAGUAGUGACAAUACUCAAAUUCCAAUCAAAGGAAUAGGUAAUUUAACCACUUACACGUCUGGAGUAGUCACAACUGACAUAAUAUCAAGGAUUAACAAUUAUGAAACCAAAGUUCAAUUUCAUGUAGUUAAGAGUAUUACUCAUGCUUUACCAGCAUCAUCGCUUGAUGUUCGUAAAAUCAACAUUCCAACAAGUCUUCAAGGGCAAUUAGCAGACUUAAAAUGGAAUCAACUAUCUGAAGUAAAUGCUCUGUUAGGUGCUGAUGUAUUCUAUGAACUAUUUACAGGCCAAAGGGUUAAGAUAUCCAAUCAAUCCUCGUUACAUAUUACUAUGUUAGGGUGGAUAGUGACUGGUAAAACCUAUCCUGCUUCAUAUGGCCAUCAGGAAACCAGUGUUGUAGUGUCGCCAGAGCAUACAUCAGACUCAAUUUCCUUGUACUCUACCAAAGUUUCAAGACAUUUAGAAGAAGAAGAAUUAACCGAAAAUCACUUCAAAUCACAUACGUAUCGAGACGAUGAUGGUCGGUUUGUAGUGAGGUUGCCCUUGUCUAAGGAUGUGUGUAUGCUCAGAAACUCAAGGUACAUUGCAGAAAAACGAUUUUUAAACAUAGAACGUAAACUUCAGAGAGACAAAGCAUUAGCUGAUGAAUAUCAAGCAUUCAUGAGAGAAUAUUUACACAUGGGUCAUAUGAAACUGGUCAAUAGUAGUGAACUACCAUCUACAUCAACCUAUUAUUUACCACAUCAUGCAAUGAAAAAUCUGAUAGUAUUACCACUAAAACUAGAGUUGUUUUUGAUGCGUCAGCUACUACAACUUCUGGCCUAUCACUGA